UUCUUUGAAUCAAAGCGACAAGAAAUAACAAACCUCUCUGCGAAAUUUCCCUGCAUCACUCUCCUCUUCCCUUCUUUUUUUUUUCUUUUUCUUUUUCCCUUUCUAUUCUUUCUUUCUUUCUCUCUCUUAAUUCUCUAAUGGCUCUCAAGGCCGUUCACGUCUCCGACGUCCCUUCCCUCGAUCACGUCACAGAGAAUGCCUCUUUGACCGCCUACGCCACCCGCUUCUCCAACGUGGAGAUGAAUCGGAGUGAGUUGAAGAUGCCGAAGUUUGUGGUGGUAGGGCACAGGGGACACGGCAUGAACCAGUUGCAGUCGUCGGAUCGGAGAAUGAGAGCCAUCAAGGAGAACUCAAUCAUGUCCUUCAACGCCGCUGCUGCUUUCCCUCUCGAUUUCAUCGAAUUCGACGUUCAGGUACCUCUUUUUCUUUCUAUUUUUGGUUUUUUCUUUUCUUAAUUUCGAAAUUAAAAAAAGGAAUGGAUGAAAUUCAACCAUGUGUUCUCGUGUUUUCUUUUUUUCUCUAUCUUUCUUUCUUUUUCCGGUGCCGCGCAAGCGGGGAACGAAACGACGCUCCCUCGCCGCGUUUUUCUCCAAUUUAAUAUAACACAUGCCACUCGUUUUCCUUAUUUCCCGUUUUGCCCCUGCAUUUUUCGCAUCGUGGCAUUUCCUGGAAAAUAGGCCAGAUUUAUUAUUUCUUGUCUUUUCUACAAAGAAACUACUGAAAGAAAAAGACGAAUAUACUUUUUUGUUUUUUUCCUUUUUUUUCUUUUCCGUGCGGUGUGGUAUGGGUUUUGUGCUCUAUCGCUUUCUAUUAAUCAGGUGGAUCGGUACUGAUUGGCUGCUUGUUUGUUUGUUUUUGUGUCCCCACUUUCGUGUGGGGAUUUUUUUUCUUUUAAAAUAUAAAAAUUUGACUUGGCUUAAGAAGUUGAAGCUGAAAUGAAGAACGAAAAAAAAAAAAAAAAACAAAA